AUGUGGAAAUUCGGCUUCUUCGCCUGGACAGCAACGGGUGGUGCUCCUUUCAUCUACGAUCGGGUAAUAUAUCCGUUCCUGACGAAACACGAGAAAUCUAUCGAAUAUGUGAUGAGCCAGACUGGAAUGUUGGCUUUCCAGCUUGCAAAGCGCACCGCUCAGCAUGUUGCCGUUGCCGUGGUCAGCUCUAUGUCUAACAUCUCGACAGCAGUCGUCUCAAGCGCAUCCGGCAUCAACAUUGGAGAGACUGUCGGUCGUCAUUUGACACACAGCCAGCCUGCCCAAGCUGCAAGCUCGAAUUUUUCGAUGUCUCGUCUGUUCCGCUUCUCUGCCACAGCGUCGAGCGGCGUCACAAAUCGCUCCGUUUUCAUCGAAGAAAUGGACGAUGAUUUCGACGACGAUGAUCUACUUCCUCAGAGCUACGCUAGCACGUCGCGCAAUAGAGUUCCCGACUUGGACACGCUGCUGCGGGCUGAGCGCGAGGUCCAGGUCAAACAAGAGGUUGUGGAUGACUUUGAAGAUUCGACCGUCGUUUUCAUGGCGUCAGCUGCGGUACCCAAUGUUUUGGCCGCGCCGUCGGAUUCUGGAGACGAGGCAGACUGGGCGGUGCCGCUUACCCGCCGCGUACUGAGACCUCGUCUUUCGCCCCAACCUUUGCCAGUCAUCGUACCGGCCGUCGCCCCGCGCCGCCGAGGACGUCCGCGCAAAAAUGCCAAC